AUGACAGACACCAACGCAGCCCCGGUGUCUACGGCCGAGGAUGAGUCCAACUCGGUCUUCAGUCACGAAGACGGCGGGUCAAGUGGUGAGGAUACAAAUCACCCAAACGGACCCGCCUCGUCUGGGAAGAAGAGGAAGAGAGAGAAGUAUCAGAAGACUUCAGUGGACGCUCUUCUUCAGACUUUAUGGCGACGAGUUGAAGACCACAUCGCGAAUGAUCACGGAGGACAAUCGCAAAUCUUAUCACCCACCGUCAGCAACCAUGCUUCCGUUCAAAUUGACGGGUUCGCUCAGGAUGCCGCCGGCCCCAGGCCUCCUGGAAUCUCCAGAGGGACACCAAUCCAGCAACCCAGACCCCUCGCUUUUUCGAGCCCUUCGUGGCAAGGCGGCGACGGCUCAGAGAACGCCCAACAAGGUGCUCCGUCGGUAACGUCUGCUCCUGGUCAAUCUCUGCUAUCCGGAGGUGCCGAAUCAUUCACGCCUCCAUCUCGACUGAACAGUGUACGCUCCGGAUCAACAUCACUCUCUGGAGGCACAGAUUUUCCCCCUCAGGAUAUAAUCUAUACGCUCGUUGACCUCUACUUCAAAAAUUGCAAUACCUGGUGUCCAAUUCUUGACCGCAAGACGACUUUUGGUACCUUUUUUGGGUCAACUUCUUUGAGCGAAGUCGACAGAAUACUGCUUCAUGCAAUUGUGGCAACGACUCUGCGGUUUCUGAAGGAUGCCCGACUUUCCUCAGCAAUGCGAUCCCACUAUCACGCCGUGUCAAAACAUAAAGUGAUGAUAUAUGCUAUGGAAAAUGUCAGCAUAGAAGCUCAGCGAGCUUUGGUCAUCCUGGCUUUGGACGAACUGGGAACAUCAAACGGCCCACGGGGGUGGAAUCUAUUGUCUAUUCUGGUGCAGAAUGUCCGACAACUGGAUCUCUGUGAAGAAAACAGCAUUUAUCUUUCUGUAGAUGCAGGAGAUAUACCGAGUACCGGGUCAAUCCGGAGGGUUGUCGUACCACAGCCAGACUCCUGGAUAGAGGAUGAAAGUCGCAGGCGACUCUGCUGGGUGGUAUAUCUGCUCGAUCGAUAUGCGACGAUUGCCACAACGACGUUUGAUUUCAUGCUAGAAGACUUCAAGAUGAAACGUGUUCUUCCUUGCUCAUAUGAUUUGUUUUCCAGAAACGUGCCUGUGGAGACAGGCUCGUUACGUACGAACUCCGACCAACAGGGAUGGACGGGAUACAUGGUCAAUAAGCCAGAGAAUCUGGGUAGCUUUUCUUAUCACUGCGAGGUCAUCAGGAUUAUUAGCAGGGUCCACGACUUCUUGAAAAAGCCAGUCGACGUUACCUCGUCAGCUGAAAUGACCGCGUGGCGCAACGCUUAUCGAUCUCUGGAUUCAGCCCUGGACAGCUGGCUCCAGAGUUUACCCAGCGAAUAUAGCAAAAUCUCAGCUUUAUGUCACUCGGAUCCGGCCAGUCGGGUAGCCAAUUGGUUUAUGUUGCAUAGUGCGUAUGUCACCGCCGUGGUACGCCUGCACUCGUCGGCUGCGUAUCCAACCGUUCGAUCUCAUAUAUUUGUGCCGUCGCAUUAUGCUAUGCAGAGAUGUCUAUCAGCGGUUCAGAGCUUGAGGGAUAUCACACAAGACGUUUUCGAGGCCAACGGUCUGGAUCUUGUUGGUCCCCCUUUUGCCUUUUCUCUCUGGAUUGCGGCUCGGCUACUCAUUGUUCAUGCCGCCACGGUUGGUUGUCCCGUGGAUCCCAAGAUUGACUUCUUCAUCGACAUUCUCGCAUAUGUUGGCCAGUAUUGGGAGGUUGCAAAUAACUACGCCAGAAUCCUCGCAAGGGUUGUGCAAAGAGAGCGACAAGGAGAGGCAAGCUUUAGCGCUAUGAGAAAGAGCGCCCAUGACUUGGUAAACCUGACAUCAAGCACACGCCCAACGGGGCUGGAUAAGACAUCAUCCCAUUCCGUUGCGCUGAGUGAGCUCGAUAAUAUCGAUGUCUUCGAUUUCUUCAACUAUCCGAAAAUCCCUAGCCUGGACUUUACAAGCCAGAACGGCCAGGCAGAAAUCUAUCAUGUACAUGGACUGGUGAAAAUGGGAAGCGAUCAAACAAGAGAUGGAGCGGCGCCCGAUCCUGACUCAGACUGGUUGGGGUAUUGA